AUGAAACAUAUGAAUGAUGAAGAUGGAGUUAAGACUCGUUCUUUGCAGCGAGGAUUUUCUGAAAUCGAAAAUAGCUCUCUUCUCGACAAAUUUCAUCCGGCGAGUACUAGUAUUCUUGUUGUCGACACCAAUUUCAUCACUUUACAGAAUAUGAAGAACAUCAUGGAACAAUACGCCUUUAAAGUGACGAUUUAUGCGAAUGCGGAAGAAGCUCUCGCAUUUCUGACAAAUUGUAAACAUGAGAUUAAUAUCGUGAUUUGGGAAUUUCAUAUGCCUGGAAUUAAUGGACUUGAAGCUUUGAAAAUCAUUGGUUCAAAGAUGGAUCUGCCUGUCGUAAUUACGUCUGAUGAUGAUCAAAUCAAUUCGGUGAUGCAAGCAACGAUACACGGUGCAUGCGACUAUCUUAUAAAACCGGUGAGAGAAGAGGUCUUGGGUAACAUAUGGCAACACAUUGUUCGGAAGAGGAUGAUGGCUACACCCGGUUUAAGUCCACCAGUUAAAUUAGAUCUGAAUAAAGAUGAGUCGAAGAUCGUAGACCAAGAUAACAGUGAACAAAGCGUCGAUGAGACUGAAGAGAAAGCAGAAAAGAAACCGCAGGUAGAAUCAAUUGGAGAAAUUCAAUCAGAUCUGGUUAAGAGAGAUGGUUUAGACCAAGAGAAGGACGGUUCCAUGACCACAAACCAAAUUAACCGUGAACCAAAACUCAAGAAGAAAAUUGAGAAGAAACCGCGGAUGACGUGGGCUGGAGAUCUUCAGGAAAAAUUUCUCAAAGCCAUCAAUUUAGUUGGGGGUCCUAAAAAAGCAAAUCCAAUGUCAAUUCUCAAAUGUUUGCAAGAAAUGGAUGUCGAAGGACUCACUAGAAACAACGUGGCUAGUCAUCUUCAGAAAUAUCGUAUCAGUUUUGCGGAAAACCAUGGUUCUCAACAGAUGCUAGAGAAUGAUUGGUCUCUUGCACGUAGACCUAUGCGUCUCCUCGCUCCGAAGAAGGUUCACACCACAACAUUACCCAUUGUCAAUGGUCACACCACAACAUUGCCCCUUAUCAAUGGUCACACUACAACAAUGCCGCAUGGUCACACCACAACACUGCCCCUUGUCAAUGGUCACACUGCAACAUUGCCCGUUGUCAAUGGUCACACCACAACAUUGCCCCUUAUCAAUGGUCGAGGCGUUAACCCGGUCCAGGAGAGUCAUGGAUAUGGAAAUGGUUACUUGACAAUGAACAAUAACCAGUUCAUGAGCAAUAACCAGUUCAUGAACAACAACCAGUUGAUGAACAAUUCUCUGCCUCAUUUGCCCCGUUUUGACCAUCUCCAGCAGCAGCAUCUACAACAACAACAACAACAACAACCAUAUCAUGAGCCCUCUCACCAAUUGAUGAGCAAGAAAGAAGACCAUCUCCAGCAGCAGCACCUACAACAACAACAGUAUUAUGAGCCCUCUCAGCAAUUCAUGAGCAAGAAAGGAAAUCAUCUCCAGCAGCAGCACCUACAACAACAACAAUAUCAUGCGCCCUCUCAGCAAUUCAUGAGCAAGAAAGGAAAUCAUCUCCAGCAGCAGCACCUACAACAACAACAAUAUCAUGAGCCCUCUCAGCAAUUGAUGAGCAAGAAAGAGAACCAUCUCCAGCAGCAGCACCUACAACAACAACAAUAUCAUGAGUCCUCUCAUCAAUUUAUGAGCAAGAGAGAAGACCAUCUCCAGCAGCAGCACCUACAACAACAACAAUAUCAUGAGCCCUCUCAUCAAUUGAUGAACAAGAAAGAACCUGAACAAGAUUCUGGCUUACCACCAGAUUUGGGGCUCAUUUAUCCAAGUUCACCAUUUGAUCCGGAAGGUAUUAUGAUUGAUGGCUACAAUUUCACUUUGUGA